AUGAACUGUAUAUCUCUGUUUGGUCCAAGGGUUAUUCAAAAGAUUUCGUGUUAUUUUGUCGUAGCACGAAAAUUAAGUGAUGGAUGCUUUGGUGGGAAUAAAGGGGAUAAUGGGCAUGAGUUUAUAGAGGAACCCUUGAAGAGAAUAUGGAGAAGUUCGGAUUUUGAUUUAGUUUUAGAUGAGAAACAGAAUGUUCAUGAGUAUGAGAACCGUCCUCGGGAGUAUUUCUCGCUGAGACGGAGUUUUUUUGAGAAUGCGAAGAUUCAUACCAGGAGGGUUCUUGAAGUUCUUCAACAAGAUGGCCCUGGGUUUGAUACAAAAGCGGCUUUGGAUGAGUUACAUAUAGAGGUUUCAGGGCUUCUUGUGAGGGAAGUUCUCUUCAAAAUUUUGAAACAAGUAAAUUAUGCGAGUAAAAUGCGGUGUGCAAAGUUGGGGUAUAAGUUUUUUGUGUGGUCUGGCCAGCUUGAAAAUUACAGGCACACAGCAAACACAUAUCAUUUGAUGAUGAAGAUAUUUGCAGAAUGUGAGGAGUUUAAAGCAAUGUGGAGGCUAGUUGAUGAGAUGAUUGAGAAAGGGUAUCCAACUACAGCACAAACGUUCAACAUUUUGAUACGCACUUGUGGCGAGGCAGGCUUAGCUAAGAAAGUUGUGGAAAGAUUCAUCAAAUCGAAGACAUUUAACUAUAGGCCAUUUAAACACUCAUACAAUGCAAUUUUGCACUCCCUUGUUGUGGUGAAGCAGUACAAGUUGAUUGAGUGGGUAUAUCAACAGAUGUUGGCAGACGGUCACUGCACAGAUAUUCUAACUUACAAUGUAUUGAUGUAUGCAAAAUAUAGAUUGGGGAAGCUGGAUCAAUUUCACAGACUCCUUGAAGAAAUGGGCAGGAGUGGAUUCGCUCCAGAUUUUCAUACUUACAAUAUUCUUCUUCAUGUCCUUGGUAAGGGAGACAAGCCACUUGCCGCGCUUAAUCUUUUGAACCACAUGAAGGAAGUCGGUUUCAAUCCAAGUGUUCUUCACUUCACAACUUUGAUAGAUGGACUAAGCAGGGCUGGAAAUUUGGAUGCCUGCAAGUAUUUUUUUGAUGAGAUGAUAAAGCAUGAGUGCUUUCCUGAUGUUGUUUGUUAUACUGUAAUGAUAUCGGGGUAUAUUGUGGCUGGGGAGCUUGAGAAGGCUCAAGGGGUGUUUGAUGAGAUGAUCCCUAAUGGGCAGCUUCCAAAUGUAUUUACAUACAAUGCUAUGAUUCGUGGGCUUUGUAUGGCAGGAAAGUUUGAGGAAGCAUGCUCCAUGCUUAAGGAUAUGGAAUCCAGAGGCUGCAAUCCGAAUUUCACUGUAUACAGCACCCUAGUAAGUUAUUUGCGAAAUGCUGGGAAGCGUGCCAAAGCUCAUGAAGUAAUAACACAUAUGGUGGAGAAGGGGCAGUAUACCCAUCUACUUUCAAAGUUCAAGGGAUAUAGGAGAUGUUGA